CAAAGAUACUGCAUAGACUCUAUCUAAGAUGAGCUCGCGUCGUCGCAAUGGAAAGCCCGCAUCCUGCGAGCCCUGCCGCAAGGAAAAAGUCCGCUGUGAUCAUCGCCUACCUGUCUGUUCCCGCUGUCAGAAGAAACGUCGGACUGUCUCUUGCUUCUAUCAUCCAGCACCGUUAACUCAAAGAUCGAGGAACACAACUGUAAAGAUUGCCUCACUUGGUGUGGGGCACAUGAGAUCUCCCUCCCAUUCAACUCCGGAGCAAGGUGAAUCUGAUUCUGCAUCGUUGCGCGCCGGGACAGCAUCCACACCGGCCACAACCAUUUCCAAUCCCGAGGAGCCCAAGUCGCGAUUAGGAGAUGGAUUCUGCAUUCCGGUAAUUGGUCGCUCACUACCGACUGGCUACUUAGGUCCCACGAGUUUUGUCGCAGCAUUCGAGGAAGAUCACGAGCUCGUUUCCAGCCCUAGCGAUCUGCAACCACAGGAAGGGGCGGUAAAUGCAUUUCCAUCAGCCUUGCCUUCACACUGGGUGCAGAGGACAGCAGAGAUAUUGAGCUUUCUGAAAGAAUUCUCGACAAUUGAACAGAUAGUCCGCGAGUACUACAUAUUAGGCCAGGCCGCCGUAGUUCCAUCUUUUAUACUCAAUGCACUGCCUACGAUACAGACCAUGAUCGACGAGAACCAACUGCAUAAAAGUCCACCGGAACAAGUUGCGCAGGUACUAGAAAACACAAAGCAUGCGUUCCAUAUACCGCCUACAAUCACAGGAGGCCAGUUCCACGAGCUUUACACCGGAUCUAAUCUGCGUCUGGAAAUCUUAGGUGUUUUCUAUGCGAUUGCUGGUCGAUUGGCCGCCUUCGGCCUUGCUCAUGAUAAAUUCCCUAGGUUUGAAGGAAUGGCAGCUCGUGAGCGGUUUGGUCGGAGGAUGCUGGCGGUUAGUGAUGCAGUGCUCCAAAUUUGCACACAUAUUACCCCAGUCAAUGAUCUAACGAUAUGGCUGCUGUACGAAAUCCAAUUGUUGUCAGGGGUGGCUCAUGGCGAUUCCAGUUGCGCAAAGUGGCGCAGACUCGGCGAUCUGUCCACUCAUAUAUUCGAGCUGGGGCUGCAUAGAGACUCCCAACUAUCGAAUUCUGCCCCGAAGUUUCUUAUUGAGACGCGUCGGAGACACUUUGCAGCGGCAUACCAACUGGACAAGAGCAUCGCGACGUUUCUUGGCAGGCCGCCGAGGAUUUCAUUAAGACAUUCAGAUUGUAAACUACCUCUUGAUAUCGAUGACAGCUCCUUGGGUGCCGGCGAACUCGAAUUUGAGCUAGCUUUGCAGUACUUAGACAGUGAAGGAUGGAACACACAAGGCGCUCUUCAUCGAUCCUCCUUCCUUCGGCAGCGGUUUUUGGUCAGCACUUUUCGCGAAGAGAUUCUCGAAGUCUCUUUAGAACCCCAAAGCCAUGAAACAGCCGAUAAGCUGAGGGAUAUCUCUGUGCGCUGUCAUAAAACCUGGAAUUCCUUUCCUAAGCAGUUGCGCUACAACCCAGAUUGUUGGGACGAACAAUUUUCAACACCAAUCUGUCUGAUGCUUAUUGUAUCAUACCUAGCCUACCUUUACAAUGACUUCCUCAUAUAUCGGCUUCUUGCCGAGCAGGACCCCGAGGCCCAAUCGGCCCUGCUCGACGUGAGCUCGACCAUACUAUCAUCCGUGCUAGCUUUCUGCACCAUGCGAGAAGAUAUGGUUGACCUUCGGCCAGAUUAUAUGUGGACAAUUCUCCUGUACGGUUUCCCCAGCGCUGGUGUUCUCAUCAAGGCGCUUCAAAAACAAGCUCGCACCGGCCGACCGAUUCCUUACCGGGGUUCCCGGUCGGUGCUGAUCCGUCACCUAAGCGUUUUUAUCUCACAUCUAGACUCCAUGUCACGACCGAGUGUCGCGAAUCAGGACCUGUUCCAUCGUGCUAGUAAGAUAUUCUCGGACAUCAUCGACGAGGUUCUGGAGCCACGUGUUUCGGUAACUCUCCCUGGACUGGAUAUGGACACAUUGACGGACUCUGAAAUAUGUAUGAUGGGCAGCGAUGAACUGGAUUUCUUGAACAUGCUGGAAUUCGGGGGAUCAAUUGAUCAGUUUAUAUUCUGAUGAGUCUUGCAUGCCGAUUGCGAGGAUAAAUUAUGAGCGAAAAUCCAACGUCAUAGUUCGCUCUCGGUCUGCCCUUUAUAACCUUUCCACCUGGUGCUGUCAGUUAGCCCCAUCAUGCCCGAGUUUACUGUGAAUAUUAUCCCGGAUUCCGAACUCCGGCACUCUGAGAAUUAAAGCCUAUGCUAUCCACCGGUCCAAAACUUAGCCGGGAGCUUAGUGUGAU